UUUGAGAACCCCCUGCCAACUCUCUUUGCCUACAAUAAUUAUAAACAAAAGACACCUAGAAAAACCAAGAACUCUCAUCAGGGCAGAACAACUGAAGAAAAAUGCACUGCAAACGAUCAACCAAUUCGUAAAAAAGUGAAACUUGUUAAAUGUUUCUCUGAAAAAUGUUAUCCCUAUGUUGCUGGCGAGAUUGACGUUUCAGACAACGUAACAGAUGAGAAUAAUAAUGAAAAAGAAACUGGUGAAGUUUGUUCAGUGUUUGAAAUGGUACAAGAUCAUAACUACACUUGUCACAAUCCAGAUCUGAAGUAUUGUAGAGAAGAAGAACUGAUACAGAGAGUUAGUGUUUUAGAAACUGAAUGUGAAGAACUCCAAAAGGAAAAUAAAAGGCUAUGGGAAGAAAAUGAAAGACUAAAGGCAAGGAAAGUUAUCCUCAGAGAAGAAUUGCUGAAAAAAGUAUUGCAAGGAGAUGAAAGCAUUAAACAUUUCCUGGGAUUACCAUCCCUUUGCUUUUUUGCAACAUUUUUACAAUUUCUUACACCAUUCUAUGGGAAAAUCUCGUUCUGGAAGGGGCAGGACGGUCCGGAUCAAAGAACUGGCAGGAAAAAAAACAA